UUUGACUGAUAUAAGGGUUAGGGCCAUACUGCCAUACGGCCAUAAGCCGCCGUGAAAAGUUAAGUGUGCGUCUCUGUUCUGUGUACAGUGAUACAUUUAGCGUAUAGUUCUCGCUUUAUACACAGCCAUAGUGUCAAGAAAAUAACCGUCUCCAGCCUAAAGUGGGCGAAGCUGACAGCAAGCGUCACAUAAUGGAGAAGUUGUCCUCGGAAGAUUCGCAUCGAAAAGCCCACAGCCUCUCACACGGCGGAAAAAUGGUCCUAUUUACCUGCAAACGAGAUCCAGCCGUGGAUGGAAGCGAAAGAAGCGGGUUAACAUUCCGCAGUUUCUACUUUGAACGUGAUGGCAACGCGUUCCUGAAGGCAACAGAGGGAGCAGCUUCCAUCAGCAGGAAACUGUCAGUCCAUGUGGACAUUGUAACGUGUAAAUGUGCUGUAGAUGUUCAGAAACGGGUUAAAACUCCUUCCAUUUUGGUGACAAAGAAGAGUGAGAAGGGGGCCAGCUUUCAGUAUAGUCUGCUCACACUUAGCAGCUCACACCAACUAGAGCCCUGCAUUGAGUUCAAGCUCCCCUAUCAAAUGAAGGGUAAAGUGUGCAUCCUUCAGGGUCCCACAGUGCUGUGGAGCCAUCACAACAGUGUGUUGUAUACAUCCCCCCUGGCAGAGGGAGUCAGAAAGAUACCCAUUCAAACCCCACGCUGUGUUUUUGGAGAACUUCCCAUCCAUAAAGGACAGCUUUUUGCUCUUGGACUUUCAGAACCACUCUCAAUUAACCAACCCCCAACACUUGGCUAUUUUCUUGAGGAUGGCCAAGUGUUUGACGGCUCUUUGAUUUUACCUCAUCCCUAUAUUUGCAUCACGCAGUGCAUGCAGGUUCUCACGGCUGAAAGAGUGGAUGAUGGGCUGAGAUGUGCUGUUAUUGCAGCAACUUCAAAGCAGCAGCUUGUGCUUUUUGAAAAUGGGAUGGUGAAAGACACAUGUGAACUGCCCUUUGAGCAGGCUGAAGACAUUCAAAUGGUUGACACCGGAAGAAACGGAUGUCUGUUCGUUGUAUUCUUUAAACCAGGGCAUGUUUGUGCCGUGUGGAAGGAAACACUUCAGAUUGCCUCCUGUUGGUCAGAUGUCAGCUCCGCCCACGUGGAUGAUUUCCUUGGAUGUGGAACGGAGCAGAUGCUGCUGCUUUUUAGGAAUCAAGGGUUAGCCAGGGAGCCACUGGAAAAAUUCCUUAUCACUGACCUCUGUGGUAUUUCUUACUCUUGUGGUCAAGGCUUUGAAGCGCCAAAGACAAGCCCUCCUCAAGAAAACUCACUCCUCACUCUUCAAGCUUUGGAAUCCAGAUUACAGAGUGGAUUGAUCGUCCUUCAAGAGCUUGAAAGAGAGGUGAGAGUGAAGGACAGAGUUCUACAGCAAUCAAUCCAAAUCCUGACUGAGAUGCUUUCAGGCAGGGAGACCGUUCUCAGCCAGCCUGAACAGGAAGGCCUUGUUGCCCUGUGGGACGGUGAUGAGGAGUUCAGUGAUGAGACUCUGGAUGACAAGAUGUAUGAAACGCCAACGCUGUCUUCCAAACCUAAAAUUGACAAGCUGUGGCAUCGCAUCACUAAGGACCAGCUGGUUGUUGGACUGAUUCUAACUGCUGAAAGUAGCAUACCAGUGAGCGGUGUGAGCUUAUCCCUCCUGACAGAGCCUGGCCAGAGCUCGAUGCCUGUGGUAAUCCAGACCCAGAGCCAAGUGUUCUGGCUGCCUGCGUGCAGCCCCUCGACACCAACCCUCUCUUCCUCAUCGCCUGCAGCCAAAAGAAGCAAGCAGCACAUCGCCAGCAAUGAUCUCAAAGCGUGCAGACUGGCUGUGACUGCGGCGACCAAGCUGGCACCUCUGCUGACCUCUGGCUGUGUCAAGUGCCAUGCCAUGCUUCAUUACAUGGAGAAAGUAGAAACUCCUUUCCCUGGGAGCACCCCAACAACAGCUGCACUGCAUUGUGGGGAAGUUUCUGUAGACAUCCGGGAUCUUUGCCAGAAUCCCCUACUCCAAACCCCUCAUAUCAAAACAGAUGAGGUUAGAGAAGACCUUCUGAGUCUGUUGACAGUCCUGGAUCACUGGGUCUUGCAUAUAGAUUCUCCAGAUUAUAGUUUGGGUGACAUAGAUGACUGGAUCCAGAGGAGACAGGGUUUUAAAAAGAUAGAAGUGAGCCCUGAGUAUUUACUUUUAUUUUCUCCAGGACCUUCUGCUCCAAUGUUGAUGCGCUGGCAGCAGAUAAAUGCUUUCCAGGGGAAUUUAUCCAUCCACUCCAGCCAAUUACAAAUGCUCCAGUUCUUGGACUCCAUGCUUACAUACCUACCCAAUUCUUGCUUCGUCCAACCUGUCAAGUGCACAAGAAGCCAGAGCACAUCUCAAGAAUUCGCUUCUGCUCUGGAAAAAGAGGUGCUGUCACUACGAGAGGGUUUAUCCUCACUUCUGUGUGGCAAAGAUGAAGAAGAGAGGAAUAAGGGGUGCACUGGACAAGGGGAAGUCCCUAAGCCUGGGUGUACAGAGGAGCUGAUUAGGUGUACCAGGGAGGUGUGGCAGCAGAACGUGGAGAGGAGCAGGGCGAGGCUGAGUCCUCUUGUGGAUGCCGGGAAGUAUCGUGAGAUUAUCCAAAGCAUUUCAAAAGUCAAGAUGGAUGCAGAUUUGGCAGCUGUGCGACAGACACAGAUGACUUUGAUCAGCUGAGAUGUCACAAAGAUGGUUUCUGUUACCUGUUUAUCCACUAUAAACAGAUUUAACUCAUUUAAAUAAUUUGUACUUCUGCAAAGCUUCCUAGAUUUUUCAAAUAUAGAUUUUACUCUGCCCUGUCA